CACUUAUUCUAUGGUCAUAUUAAAAUGAAAAUGGAAAAGGCUAUUUGACAAGUUACCUGUUGUAGAGUGGAAAACAUUCAAAUAAUAUAAGCAAAACACUAAAACCAAAUGUAACGCAUUUGCAUUUACAUUUACAUGUUCUCACCAAGGGAGUUACAUUCCUCACUCUCUUUUGUGGUAAUUUCUCACAAUAUGUUAAAUAAAAAUGAUAACGGAAUUCGACAUAAAUGCUACUGUAAUAUCACAUUUCCUGGUCACAUUAUUAUUUUAACACUGUGCCCUCACACGGUCCACUGGUUGAAGGCAGGAUUGUGCCUGACAGUCUGACUUCAGGGCGAAGCUUCUCCAGAAUUACUCCGUGUUACACGGAAACACGUCCGCCGCGUACUUCCGCCGGGUUGCACGCACGCUGAAGUUCCUAGCCGUCUGCAGCCAUCUAAUCUCAUUGUACCGGUGUCCCAAAUGAAGGUGAGCGUGGUGUGGCGUCGUUCUCUGUUUACCUGAGACACCUGUGCCCGUGUUGUUAGCGCACACACUCGCGUCCGCCCUCCAGCCGAGAGAGGACGAAAACCCGGCUGCUACAAGGAUGAAGGGGCUCCCGGUGCUGUCCCUGCUCCUGUGGGUGUGCGCGGUGUACUUCGUGGGCAUCUACCUGUUCGUGGGCGGCUUCCUGCUGGUGAGGCUGGAGGUGAACAGGACCAGCACUUGCGGGGACGUGCUGCAGCCCGGAGGGGAGCCGGGGGACUUCUGCCGCGCCCAGCCGAGGUUCCGCAGGGCCGUCCUCCUCAUCAUCGACGCCCUCAAGAUCGACUUCGCCCGCUUCGACCCCAACAACACGGCGCCCAGACCCUACGAGAACAAGCUGCCCGUGCUGGAGGAGACGGUGUCGGUCAGGCCUUCGCACAGCCGGCUGUACCCUUUCCGCGCAGACCCGCCUACUACCACCAUGCAGAGGAUCAAGGGCUUCACCACGGGCUCCCUGCCCACCUUUGUGGACGUGGGUAACAACUUUGCUUCUAGUGCCAUUCUGGAGGACAACCUCAUCCACCAGUUUGGGCAAGUGGGCAAACGGGUGGUGUUCAUGGGCGAUGACACGUGGGAGAGUCUUUUUCCAAAGAGGUUCCACCGCUCUCUGCCCUUCCCGUCUUUCAAUGUAAAGGAUCUGCACACUGUGGACAACGGGAUCCUCCAGCACCUCUACACAACUAUGGUGGGGGAUGACUGGGAUGUCCUGGUCGCUCAUUUCCUUGGAGUGGAUCACUGUGGUCACAGGUUUGGACCCGACCACCCAGCCAUGGCCGACAAGCUCACCCAGAUGGACGGAGUCAUCAGGUCUGUGAUGGACCGCCUGCAGAACGACACCCUCCUGGUGGUGAUGGGAGAUCACGGGAUGACGGACACCGGAGAUCAUGGCGGAGAAAGUCAGAAAGAGACCGACGCCGCCAUCUUCCUCUACAGUCCCUCCCCUCUUUUUCCCGCCCCGCCAUCCAAGAGUGAACCAGAUGUGGUGCCACAGACGGACCUGGUGCCCACCCUGGCUCUGCUCCUGGGAGUUCCCAUCCCAUACAGCAAUGUGGGGCAGAUUCUCCUGCCGUUGUUCCCUUCUCAUGGGCUGACAGAAGGCGCAGUUGGAGGUAUCAGCCAGCUGGAGGCACUGUGGAUCAAUGCAAAACAGGUCAACCGUUUCCUCGAGACGUACUCCGGCAUGGCCAAAGACAUCCCGCCGCAGAGCCUUUCUAAACUGAAGGCAGAAUUCUCCCGCCUCUCCUCUGAGUACCUCACCGCAGUUAGACAGGGUCGGUCACCCUCCCCACAGCUGGCCGCUUCGCUGCAGGCUUACCUCACCUCCGUCAGAGACACCUGCCGAGCCACCUGGGCUCGAUUCAACCCGCUCAAGAUGGCAGCAGGUUUAGCCAUCCUCGCAUUUGCCUGCUUAACAUGUUUCAUCCUGUCUGAGUUGUCCCUCGUGUUAAUCAGGGAGAACGGUCCCGGACUAAAAGCCCCAGUUGUCGUGGCACUGGCUGCGGGGGGUUGCGUGGUUGCUGGUCAGAUGCUCACACAGGGCUACAUUGAGGUGGCUUGGUGCCUGGCAGCUGCUGCCUUCAGCUCUGAACUUCUCUUUCUCUGGAGAGCCCAUCGAUCCAGAGCCCUGACUGUGGCAAAGAACAGUUUCAAAGCUCCAAAGUGCUCUACCUGGCUGACCCCGCGCAGCCUCCUCAUCCCCCCUCUCUUGGUGCCGCUCCUCCGCUGUGCCUCCCUGCUCUCAGACAGCUACGUGAUCGCUGAGGGCCGGGUGGUGACCUUUCUGGUGUUCUCCCUUGCUCUCUACAUUCCCAUCCAUCUCAACUGGGAUGGCCUGCUCCUACCCCCGAGCCAUGACCCUCUGAAGGCUGCAGGGCUCGUACCUUCCGCAGCCUUGUCCCCAUCCACUGUGAGGAAAGAAAGCAGCACUCUCCUGGCCUGCCUAGGGCUUCUCAUCGGCAGCCUCUACCUCUCCCUGUCCUUUCACGGCUGUCGGGAAGAGCAGGGCUCCUGCCAGCCGUCCCCGUUCCUGUCGCCUCUCUCCCGGCUGCAGGACAACCAGCUGAAGAACCUCCACUACGUCCUCUCCGUCUGCUCCCUGGGCUUGUGGACGUAUCUGCUGAGACGCUGCCUCCGCCACUACGGUAACCUCAACUCCUCAGGUGCGACGGUGUUCACGGCCCGCUGGAUCCUACCGCUGCUGUCUGUGUGCCUGGCGGUCCACUGGGCUGUUAGUGCCACUCCAGAGGACAGCUUCAGGAAUCUGGCCGAGCUUAUCAGCCUGGCCCAGCUGGCCCUCCCCAGGGCUGCUUUCCUUCUCCUGGGACUGGGGCUGUUCCUCAUCUGGCUGGACCCCCUCACUGUGUUUGUGAAGACCAGGGCCGCGGCCACAGCCAGAAGCACAUCCCUACCCCCUCCCCGCUACCGAGCGAGCACCGGCAUCAGCCCCCAAGCUGAGCUGCACCACCUCAUUCCUCAGAUUUACCAGCGCAUGCGUUGUUCCCUGAACGAUGGGGAGCUGAGUGGGGGUGGAGAGGUGGACAGCAGGCCCGCUGUGGAGGCCUACGGACUGGGAACUGUCUACUCUGCUCCUUUGCUGCUGUUUUGCGGCCUGCUGGGAAUCGGUCUGCUGCUGCUGCACCCAGAGGGCAUGGCUCUGUCUUUCCUUCUGCUGCUGCUUGAAACGGGAGCUCUGUUGCACAUUCACGCCUCCUCCACUACCCUCAGUGGCCUGAAUGGAACAUAUACUGGUGGGUUUAAUGUGCCCUGGACUCCAGUGGUGCUGUGGUCCCUGGCUGCCACCCAGUUCUUCCAUGCCACAGGUCACCUUCCCACCUUCCCCUCCAUCCAGUGGGGCGCUGCCUUCGUGGGAUUCCCUGAUGGACACACAGGCACCAUGCUGCCCGCCUCACUGGUUACUCUCAACACUUUUGCCUCACACAUCCUGUUUGCAGUGAGCUGUCCUUUGCUGCUGUUCUGGCCUCUGGUGUGCGAGGUGCGAGGCAGCAGGGGAGGGAGAGCAUACGGAGAGGAAGGAGAGGAUGCUGUGAUGGAGAUGAGACUGAGAGAAAACCCCCAGCAGUUCAGCUCCGCUCUCCUACAACUCUCAACACGCUACCUCUUUAUUCUCGGAGCGCAGGUCUUUGCUUCAGUCUGUGCUGCUGCUAUCCUCAGGAGACACCUAAUGGUGUGGAAGGUUUUCGCACCCAAGUUAAUGUUUGAGGCCUCAGGAUUCCUGGUGAGCAGCGUGGCCCUGCUGAUCGGGGUCACACUGGUGCUGAGAGUAGACAUGGCCGUGGGCCGCUGGUUUAAGAGACUCGUCCCCGAUGCAUCCAGGUAGCGACGGCACUACCGCAGAAGCCCACCAGAGCUCACUGUGCCACAGAGAAAACGGACAUGGUGGCGACUGUAAAGGUGUUUUUAUAAGGACCUCUCAUACAGGCCCAGCUCCUUUACAGUCAGAGGGGGAAUUUAGGACGUCAAAUCUGAGCGUCUGGACUCCCAUUGAAGAAGUGUUUGUGUUCGUUUUUUUUAACAGUGUUAAAAUGAGGUUGAUGGGGGCGUGCUUGGUUCGAGAGAGAACAGCAGUAUCUGAAUGUUUCUCCUUAAGUCCUGUUUUCUGACUUGCAGUAUGGAUGAGGCCUUCUAAGCUCUCCAAGCCAGACAGUCUUGCAAGUGGUUCUUAGUGCAGCAUUCAAAAAAAGCUUCACUAAAACACGCACAGCAAACAGUUUACACUAGCUACAUGCCUGUUACAGCUGGCUGGCAACUUCAGCAUUCAAAUUAAAAUUGUCCUUUAAGGGGUUUUGGCUGACUUUUUAUAUGUUCAACAAAGUGGCUAAUUUAACUGUUUAAUGUGACAGAGAAAAACAGAAAAAGAACAAAAGAAUUGACAGUGGAAAUGUACACCUCAGCCGUUCAGCUGAUCCUUUCCUUUCCAAUCAAUCUGUGACUUUUCAGCUACAGGGCAACCACUUUAAAGCCAAUCUGCCACCUGAUGUCUGGAGCUACUUUUGAUCUCUCUUCUCUGUUUGGUGAAAUCCAUCCAAGUGCAUUACAGCAUGUCUGUCAUCUAAGUGUCUGCGGGAGGAACUGUUCCAUUUUUUUUUGUAUGUUUUGUAUUUUCAAGAUGUAGAAAAUAACCAGUGCCUCUGGUUACUGCCAAUUCAUAUUAGCAUUAUUCUGCACAGUUUUCGGGUUCUUAAUCUGUUGUGGGUUUUUUUAAUUUACAUUUAGGUUUUUUUUUAAGGGUUCUGAUUCCUAACUCUUUUUUAAUCACUGAUUUUUUAAUCCCAAUUGAAACGUUUGUCUUAAUUAGACCUCACGCAACUUUUUUUUUUUUUUUUUUUCCCCAGAAUUGGUGCCUAGCUUUAAGUAAUGCCUUUUUUUUCCUUAUCUGGUCUAUGAUGUCGUUAAGUUGACAGGAAGUCCAGGACCUCCAGAAACGGUUAAUUUAUUUACGCAAGGAAGUCUGAGCCAGUGUCAGCUGUAAGAUCUGUUACUGUUCUGCAGCUGUAGUCAGCAGCUGAAGCUCAUUAGCUAAUGCACGAUAUGGAAGGGAUGUUGAGCUCAGGUCGAAUUAGCUACAAUGCAAUAGUACUGCAUUUCUCAGGCUAUUGUGCGGGAGUGACUGGUCGUUUAGAAGGCUGCUGACAUCAGCCCGAGUGAUGGGUUUGGCUAAGUUGUAUGAUGAUGGGACACUUCCGUUUCUGUUUUAAAAUGUUUAAUAUAUAAAUAACUGAUUAAUUGAGAUGAUUUUACAUUCUGUGACAAAAUGUAAUAAAAGUUUUUUACAUGAA